AUGGAGCCUGAAAUGGACUUGGCGGCUGGAAAGGAUAAUAAUCGUUCGCUGGCUGAUGCAGGCAAUAAGCAAAUGGCUGAGGAAAAAGGUGGUGCAGUUAAUGAGGAUGUGGAACAUCAAGUCGAGAAAGAACCACAAGGGCUUUCGAAGGAUGAGCAGAUUCAAUCAGGUUCAAUCGAUUCCGUGAAGUUAAAUGUGCAAAAUGAGGAAAAUGAUUCCGAGGAGCUGAGAGAUGUUCAAAAUGAAGAUGAUUUUGCAGAGCAUAUGGAUGUAGAAACUGAAGAAGAAGAUGUCUCUGAUGAUCAUCAAACUUUGAUCGACAUAGCUUCAUCGGAAGUUGGAGAUGUGAAAGUUUCCUUAAGAUGGCUCCAUCCGAAGCCGCACGAUUUUAAGUUUCCGGAACCAGUUGAAGCCCGUAGGCUUUUAGAGUUUCAUAGCCAGAACUUUUAUAUGAACUUGGGAAGUCAUUUUUCUCUUGUAGAACUAUUGAACGAAUUGUGUGAUGAAUUUCGGGAAUCUGUCAUCAUUGAUGGUGGUCAUCGAUCUUCAGAAUCCAGAGAAGAUGAUGCAAGAGAUAAUCCUGAAGGUAUGGAACUGAGGGAAGAGACAAUGAGUUCUGCAGGUUCAUGUAGCGACGGGAAACAGUUAUUCCAUAAACUCGACGACAUAGCAAAUGGAACUGAAAAUGUGAAGAUUAUGCUAAUUGACGAGGCAGGCACUGAGGCUCUGCCUCAUUUCAUCUACUGCCCGGAGAACAUCACUUACAAAUCUGCGAAUGUACGUGUAUCAUUAGCCCAUAUCUCGGCCGAGGACUGUUGUAAAUGUGGCAAAGGAAUUUGUGUCUUGUCCGGGAUGCCAUGUGCUUGUGCUCAUGACUCUAGUGGAGGCUAUACUUAUACCUCAGAGGGUCUUCUAACCGGGGCGUUUCUGGGAUAUUGCAUCAUAGUGAAGGUUGGCUUAGAAGACAAGUUCUAUUGUCGGGACUGCCCUUUGGAACAAGCCGAAGAUGGUGGCGCGACGAAGAAUUGCAAGGGACAUCAGCCGAUGAGGUUCACCAAAGAAUGCUGGAGAAAAUGCAACUGCAGUAUGAGCUGUGGAAAUCGAGUUGUUCAGCUCGGUAUUACGAGGAAAUUACAGGUGUUCUUGACAAGUGAAGGUAAAGGCUGGGGUUUAAGAACACUCGAAAAGUUACCUGCAGGAGCUUUUGUUUGCGAAUAUGCUGGAGAGAUCUUGACGAACAGAGAGAAGUGUGAAAGAAAUGAGCAAAAUGCCGGGAAUGAGAAGCAUGAAUAUCAAGUGCUACUCGACGGAGGUUGGAAUACAGAAGGUGUUCUAAGAGAUGAAGAUGCACUGUGGUUGGAUGCAACACAUUAUGGAAACGUCGGAAGGUUUAUCAAUCACAGUUGCUGCGAUGCAAAUAUCAUCGGGAUCCCGGUUCAGGUGGAGAGUCUCGAUAAGAAAUAUUAUCAUCUUGCUUUCUUCACUAUGAGGGAAGUCGAAGUUAAAGAAGAGCUUACUUGGGAUUAUGGGAUUGAUUUUGACGAGGACACCGAUCACAUUAGGCCUUUCCAAUGUUGCUGUGGUUGUGAUUCUUGUAGAGAUAGACAUCGUCAGUCGCCAUAG